ACAGAGUGCACUAGAUAGGCUCCCUGAAUCCUUCUCCUCUUCACUCAGUGCUUUCAGUAGUGCGCAUGUAGGCAGCAGGGAGUGAUUGAACACUGGAGCCUCUGAAAACUGCACAUUAUGGCGGAGGUCAGGCUGUGUCUCGGCUCAGGAGCCGGUAGCCUGUGGAGGACGACUCCAUAUUUAUUCCUCCGUCUGGUCUACAGUAAGAAGAACCUGGACAUGUCUGCUGUGAGUUGGGCGAUCCACAGUCGUGCUGUUUUUCCUCGCAGGUGUAUAAUCACAUCGAGAUUGUAUAGAACCUCAAGCACCGAGGAAAUCCCGUUAUACAAAUCGAGAAGUGCUUAUUAUGACAUUCUACAGGUUUCUUCAAAUGCCACCCAAGCGCAGAUCAAAACAGCGUACUACAAACAGUCCUUCAUUUACCAUCCCGAUAAAAACGCAGGCAGUGAACAUGCCAUGUCACGCUUCUCCCAGAUCAGCGAGGCAUACAGCGUGCUAGGGAACAGGGCUUUACGCAAGAAGUACGACAGCGGGAUCCUUGGCGAGGCUGACAUCCGGGGUCCCAGCCGACCGACUGCGGCGAAGGAGACGACGAGCGGAUUCUCAGGCGACGCUACGAGAAGUCGUCACUCUCCGGAAGUUGGCGUUCGUGCGCAGAACGUCUUUGAUUUCGACACGUUUUACCGCGAGCACUACGGCGAGCAGCUGCAGCGACAGAAACACAUCCGAGCUCGUCUGCAAGAGAUCCAGAGGCAGAAAGAAGCCACAUUACAGGACAGGAAGAUGGGACGCAUGUCAGAAAUAGCUGUGGGCAUCAUGCUAGCUGUAGCGGCGGCCAUCCUCUUCAGUCUGAAGAAGGCAUGAAUAAAUCUGUUCAAUGAUUUAAACUCUUUAUUCAGCCUCACCAUCGUGACCACUUUCUUCUGCACUCUACACAGCACAGUGUUUAUAUUUAUCUAGAGGACAAUAAGGUGAUUAGUAUCUAUUGCCGUGGCUUCCAGGGUCACCCACUCCACAAUAAUAGGGACCCAGUGGCAGACCGUCAGGGCCAGCAAGGCCUUCUCUGCUGGCCUAAUCAGCAGUGAUCUGAAUCACUGACUUGCAUUUUAAUAUAUUUAAUAUAUUUUUCCAUGAAUGUGUAUUAAAUUAUUCCCAAUAAUCUAUUCUCUACAUUUCGUAGCCUUUCUCUCAAUUGCUCUGCUUCCAGUAGUGUAUAUUUAUGAUGAGUAUUUAUCCAAUCAUAUUUCAGCCAGUGGCUGACAUCAUGUGUUCCCAGAGUGAAAAUCUGCCGUAAGGCCUUCAGAAUAAAUAGUGCAGGCGCCCGGAGCUUAAAAUAAGUGGCAAUGAAAUUGUUACCUUAACCAAUCAGAUUUCGAGUUGGCGUCACUGGGGCCAUCUAGCGGGCAUACGAUUACGUCAGCAAUUUCCCGUCCUUUGAUUGGAUAAUUGGAGUAGUCGGAGGCAGGGACCCGCCCAUACACAUUGUUUCUAUAUUCUCUGCGUCUCAUUUCGGAUGCUGCUUCCUCCGGAGAUUGCAGUUUGCUGCAUACGGCAUCAAGAAUGUCUUUUUUUUUUGAGAAAAGUAACCAUAAUAAAAUUGACUAUUCCUUGUGAGGUGUGAAAUACUGUAGACUAAUUUCU